AUGGCAUCUCUUCCGAUCUUGUUCGUAUUCGAUAUUGAGUUGACUCUUGAUGUGAUUGAUCAUAAUACUGUCAAUGUUGAGGAUGCCAUUCAGUUGGUGGUUGACGCUGUCACUAGCUGCAGAUUUGAGGUCACUUAUUCUUCUUUCGAAGAAGAUGUUUUAAUAAUGUGUAUGAAAAGUAAAGUGGCGGUAAUACUGAGUAACCAACAUGUUAGCACCAUAGUGAAUACUUGUUUCCGUAUAGUUCAUCAAGCUGGAAGUAAAUGCGAGUCAUUGCUGCAAAUAUCACAGUUUGGUUGUCUGUUCUUCUGA